GAGGGGAGCUGAGCUGAGCCGCAAUCCCCACCUCUUUUGAUUUCCCACUCCACUCCACCCGUUUUCCCAUUUUCCCAUAAAACCCCUCAAAUUUAUUAUCCACCAAGAAAACCAUUUAUUCUAACUAUAUAUAUGUGUGUGUGAAUGUAUAAAGCAUAAUAACAUAAAACAGGAAAAAGGUGAGAAACAUACAGAACAAUCCCCUUCAAUUCGCCGAUUAAAUCCGAAAUCUCUGCGAUUUUUGAUCGGUCGGACGGCCGGCAUCAUCUGAUGGGGGAACCAUCAUCCCUCGGUGGGGAAGUUUCCAGCCUUGUGGAGCAAGCUAAGGAGUUGCAGGAAAAAGCGGCGUCUCUCAUCUCCCGCACCUCCAGAGAAGAAGAGGCGCUCCGCCAGCGCGUUGCCUCACUUGAUUCUCGCAUCAACUCUCUCCGUACUUCCAAACACGAUGAUAAAUUGGAAGAGGAGUUGGUGAGAGCUAGGUAUGUGUUGAGUGAAGGAGAUGCGGCAGCAUUUCUUCCCAGCAAAUCUAAUGGGAGAUUUUUGAGGAUGUUUCUGGGACCGAUUAAUGUGCGGGCCAAUAGGAAAAAUGUGAAGUUGAAAGUAAAGGAGGAAUAUAACAACUUCAGAGAUAGAACAGCAUUUUUGUUCCUCUUCUUGCCAACACUUUUGCUUAUGUUGAGGUCAUGGAUUUGGGAUGGAUGUCUGCCUGCAUUGCCAGUUCAACUAUACCAGGCAUGGUUGCUGUAUCUCUACACAGGUCUGGCUUUGAGAGAGAACAUCUUGAGAGUUAAUGGAAGUGAUAUACGACCAUGGUGGAUUAAACAUCAUUACUUUGCUAUGGCUAUGGCUCUCAUUAGUCUUACUUGGGAGAUAGAGAGAGGACCUGAUUGUGCUCAGAAACAGAGAGGUGUAGAGCUGUUCCUUAAAUGGGCGAUCAUGCAAGGAGUUGCAAUGAUUCUUCAGAAUAGAUAUCAAAGACAGAGACUUUAUACACGCAUUGCGCUUGGCAAGGCAAGGAGAAUGGAUGUUGUUUGGGGAGAAACUGCAGGAGUGCAGGGUCAGUUACUGCUGCUGUGCCCAAUACUUUUCAUUUUGCAGGGUUUUGAAGCCUAUGUUGGGGUCUUGUUGCUUAAAACUGCACUUGCUGGAUUCAGUUCGGACUGGCAGGUAAUUACCUGUGGGCUUCUUCUCAUAAUCAUGGCUGUUGGAAAUUUUGUUAACACAGUGCAGACCCUCAUGACAAAGUCUAGGGUUAAGGCAAAAAUACGGAAAGGAAAGAGCAGGCAAGAAUUGAAUCAGGAAUCUGGUGAUAAAAGUUUAUGAUUAGGAAGAUGGCUCUUGUUGUGUGAGGUUGUAAUAAGGGGACAAGGACUUAUUUGCUCAAUUUUUCUCUUGAAACAUUUAGGCUGCUGAUGGGUUUCUGACGGUAAUCUUGGAUUUUAUAAGUUCAAAUAGUUAAGAUGAGUUUUAUACCUUGUAACGAAAUGUUAUUUGGAUGUCCUGACUCACAAUAUUCUUAUUUUGUGUCUUUUGGUUUGAUUUUGAUA